CUCUUGUUUCAUUAAAUGAAAAAGUUGGGAGAUAUAUGUAUAAACAUUGCGCCUAACUUUCUAUCAAUGUGUGGAAAGAUGAGUAUGGAACGGAAUGACAGUACUGCGGCUAUGGCUUCACUUGCCGCCUAUGCUGAAGAGUCUGACUCAGAUGAUGAAGGAAAGAAAAUCAAAUCUGCAAUAGAUUCAAUAUCGGAUGAUGAACAUGAUACUCCAACACCAACCCCAGUUCCACAUCCUGCACCAACUUCUAGACCUCCAUCAUCAUUGGUUGUAGAAGAUGAAAAUUCAAGGUCAGACAUGGAAUCAACAGACACAAAAAAGGCGAAGAAACGAAAACCUACACGAUUGGUGUCAUAUGGUGCUGAUGAAUUAGAGGAGGAAGAAUCAAGUGAGAGUGAGGAGGAGCCAAGCCCAGAGACCUCUGUUGAUCGUGGAAGGGGCGUAGUUGAGGGAAAGAUAAUGAAAACAUCAUUGAAUGUUGAACAAGCGUCCUCCUUAUCCAGAUCUAUGCUCAACAAAUCAUUUGAUGAGAUUGAACUUCCACCAGAACCUGUCGCUAAAUGUUCCAAAAUGUUACAGGAAAAAAUAGCAAGUUUACAUGAAAGAAAGCUGAAGGAGGGAUUGGAUCUCAACAGAAAUAUACAAAACAGGGUGGACUUUAGAAAUCCCAGUAUAUAUGAAAAGCUGAUAGAAUUUUGUGGUAUAGACGAGAAGGGCACAAACUACCCACCAGAACUGUAUGACCCUAGUAUAUGGGGAAAGGAAUCAUUCUAUGAUGCAUUAGAUAAAGCUCAAAAAUUAGAUAAAGAAAAAAGGGAUAAGGAAAGAAAAGAAAGGACAAAGGUCGAGUUUGUAACAGCAACAAAAAAGUCAAGUUCAAAAACAGAAAUAGUUAUCCCUGAUGAGAAAAAGCGGAAAUCUAAGUGGGAUGAGCCGAGUCAGUCAGCUGCUGGAAGAAUAGCAGAAAAAAUUAAUGUGAACUUGACUUCUAUGGCAACAGGGACCAAAUCUACUGUAAUCCUGGCAACAGGAAGUAUAGCGAAAAAACCUAGUAAAUGAAAACUUGCGAUUGUCUCUGCGAGUCGAUUAAUUUUAAUUGGCAGAAAAAAGGAAAUUCUGAGAAUUUCUUUUAAAAUUUAAAUAUCAUACCGUGCCAGUAGUGGUGACACAACAAGACAGGCUACUAGUAGAUGAUACAAGUGAGAGUUAACAUUGAAACGGUGGCAGAAUGUGAUAUUUUACUGUGAAAAUAAAAUUCGACUGUUGAGAACAGCUAAAAAGUGGUAAUAGAUCGCAGCGAGAGAAAUAUACAAGUACAUUUUGUAUUUAAAAGAGCAUGUUGAAAAUUGUAAAUGUGGAAUUUGUUGUCAUAUUCUCAAUGUUUGUAUUUUCAUGUAUUAACAUGAAUGUUUUCCUUAUUUUUACUGUAAAAAUAAAAUUUAUAGGUGGGGAACAGCUGAAGAAUUGUAAUAGAUCACAGUGUGCAAAGUAUUAAAGCACUUAAAAAAAACAUGUUGGAAAUUGUAUAUGUGGGAUUAGUGUCAGAGUAUUUUCACGAUAUGUGAAUGAAUUCAUAUCAUGUGAAUAUACUCGUGUUGCAUGAUGUGAAUAUUUUCAUGUUAUGUCCGUCUAUUCAUGAUAUAUGUGAAUAAAUGUAAGUAAUUAUAAAGUGUGUAAAGAAAGUUCAUUCCAGUUUAGCAGUCAGCUGUAUUAUUUUACCAAGUUGUUAAAGACAAUACGAAAGGUCAACACUAUACACUGAAAGACUACAUAUAAUCAUUUACCGGGUAAGUUCAAAUUGGUUAGGUGAAAAUUUGCUCUUACUCAUACACUUCUUGUGGAAAAUGGCAUUCCACAAUCUUGCACACUUAACAGCACACAUAUGCCGCAAUACAUUUAGAAGUUAUUAUUUUGUUUUACAUUAUAGUAACUGAGCUUGUAUUCAACAAAUAAUAAUUAAAAAUGCGACACAAAAUGUUGGUGGUAAAGUUCUCGUUUAUUUCAAACAAGUAAAAGUUCUGACCUUAAAAUGAAGAAUGAAUUGUAUUUUCUCAAGUUUCAAAAUCUGUAAUAACCAACAUUAUGUAGCAGCAUUAUGUCAGCAUAUCUGCAUUAAAUACUGAAAAACUA